UUCCUGUGACGAGAGAUUCACGAGAGAUUCAGUAUUAUUAGCACCACUGUUUGAAGACAACCACGUAAUGUUCGCUCCCUCAAAGCACUGUAGGUUUGAAUGAUGCUGUAAAAGAUUGUACAGGCAGAAAAGUGCUUUGCAAGAUAGUGGAGAAAAACAUGACAACAUUGGAAAUAAAUAAUAAUUUUAAAAUCUCCCUUCUCAAUUCAACCAAUUAUGCAUCUUACCUUCUCCCCACCAAUCACCCCCCUCCUGCCUCCGGGUGUAUUAGAACAGCUUUUACUUUUCUUUUUGGUAUGAUGAAAGCCAUGGUGAGGGUAGCGCUCCCCUGGGCUCACUCUUUUUCUGGAAAAACCUGUUUGCUUCUGUAGUGAAGAUCAGCAUGGAGAGCUGGGCCGAGCACAGUUCUGACAUGAUCCCUAAUUUUAACCUGGCCUUGUAUUCCUGCUGUCUCACAAGUGCCUAUGUCCCAGGGCAGCCAGCAGGGCACAGCAGCCUGGUGCUGAGCACCUGUGGUUUCUGAAUCAUUUCCUUUUCCAGUUACUUUCGAGUUUGCUAAAUUUAUAGCAUCCGUGCUGCUGUUUUCUUCCAGUCUGAAUACUGACAGGCCCUGCUAGAGACUUUGCCAUAGUAUAAUAUUCUUUGUGUUUUGUUUGUUAUAAUUUACUCAUAUAAGCAGUUUUAGAAAUAAGCUUUCUGACGGAAAGGCUAAAAAUGUAUUUGCUUUGUAUGUCCAGUAUUGGAAAAGGCUAGUGGUGGAUUUCAGUGAAAAAUGAAAUCAGAGACUGCUAAAUUCUCCUUACAAGCGCUCACUCAGUGCUUCGUGCUAUCUUGCAAUCAGUUCCUGUACCGGUUGAAGUUGAUUUCCUGAGGAAGCCUCAUCCCACCGGUAUCUGGCUUCUGAGGCCCACAAGAAGGAGCUCUGGCCAGCGGGGGGGCAGCAUCCGGCCCGGGCAGCAAUGCUCAGGUGGCCUCAGGCCCGAGGGACAGCCUGUGAGACCCAGAAUAAUGAGCUGGGUCACAGUGCUGGGAGGAGCAGUUCCCCCGAUUGUCCAUUGACCUCAGCAGCGGCUGGUUGAAGCGGGCCAUAUUCACCGCCAGAAAGGCACUUCCCAACCCAAGGCUUUCUGAGAGCUGUGGGAAGUAAAAAAAAAAAAAAAAAAGAACUUCUGUUACCAUCCAAACAAUUCACAAUAACAGGAGCUAGAGUUUAAUUUUAUAGUUUUUUCCUCUUUAAGGAAACCUGGUAGAAAGAUGCUGUUCUCAUUGUCAGAGUUGUGAAGGGCAGGGAAGGGGCUGGCUGUAUAGUAAAGAAAACACUGAAAAUGAAACAAUUGACCUCAGGAAAAAGAAACCUUCUAAAUACUUUAAAGCCUUUCUUAAUAAGUCAAAGAAGACCUUCUCCUUCCAAAAUAAUUUGUCAAAGGACUGUUAACAAGUGUUGGAUUUCACAUGCUCAACAUAAUGGAAACUUUACUCUCUUCUUUAUCCUUGAGCAGCUCACCCAUGGAUUUUGUGCAAUCUGUUGCAGAUUCAAGCUAUAGUGCAGUGACUUUUGUAGGGUUUGUGUUUCUAGGAUCUCUUUCUGGUUAGGAAGAUGCUAGGUUUGAUUCAGCCUCUUGGCCAGGUGUGAGUAUGUCAUUUGUUCCAUCGCUUUCAUUCAUAACACAGGGCAGGCCCUUCUGCCUUCCCAUCCCCAGGCAGGCAGAGUGUGUUAGAGCUGUCUUUCGACCUGUCAGACCCUAGAUGAGCUUUCUGUCACUGUAUUCAUUUUACAUUUUAGUGCCUGGCACAUGCAGCUAAUCAGACACAGUAUAAACUUUACAACUGUAUCAUUCAGACAGUCAUAGGUUUGGACCAGGAUGAGGGUUUAUUCGGAAUUUUUCCAGUACAGAGUUUCUGUACAGUCUCCUUUUCCCUUGAAGGACUGAGUUACAGUCUGGUGUUUGAUCAGGUCAGAUUUUUAAAAGGUAGGAUAAUACCAUGCAUGUACUUUGCACAUUUCCCACUUGUUUGGGAGAAUCCUGCCUUAAGAUACAGUGCAUGUUUUUUCUUGGUUUUAAAGUAAAACAAAGGCCUCCCCUGCAGCACAGGAUGGCACCAUUCUCCAGGGCAAGUUGCUAAUGCUGCUGUUAUGAUGGGUGUAUAAAGUUCCACUGAAUUUGGACCAGAACAUGUAAAAACAUUUGGUUCUGUACCAUAGUAUUAAAAAUCGAUUUCCCUCUGUCAAAGUAAACUUUAACUUUUCCAUUGACUUCCAGGUGAGCAGAAUACAGCCUUUUAUGCCAGCUUCUAAUCCUACCAUCUGCUGAAAGUGGAGAUGCUACCUCACAUCUCCCUUCAGUGGCAAUAGUACAUAGUGACUUUUUAUUGAUGAAAUAACCUAAAUUCAACAACCCAGCAAUAAGACUGCCAACAUGCUGAGAACAUUUCCAAUUUUAUUUACUUAUCACUGAAAGGAAGGUGGGAGUUUGGACUAAUUGCUUGCUCUGGAGCAUAUGGUAAAGCAGAGCACAGGUCAAGCCCUGCUCUGAGCGUGCAGCAGUGUAAGAUCCUGAUACAAGUGUCAUUUACAGCAGAAUGCAAGAGCCCAGAAGUGCAGGUUGCUGAGCAAUGACUGCUACAGAUCACAUUUUCCCGUUGAUGUGAAUGUUUGAUGAGCUGUCUCAGGGGUAGGUAGUUUUCACCAGUGUUCACAGACAGUAUUCUUGGAAAAGUCCCGUUUUAAGUGUAAUGUGACUAAAAAGAGUAUUUGCUCUUUGCAGUCAUUUAACCAUGAUGACAUAAUUUCAAAGACUUGGACAUUGCUAUAGUGUUGUCAGAAUCCCCCCCCAGCAACUGCUUUUAUCUCACAGUUUAGGCUUGAUGAAAACUGCAUUUUUUUUCUGUUUUAUGCAGCAACAGACUUUUUGGUGGAAUGAGGUUACAGCUAAUCCCCCUUUGGUGGUCUAUGGAUGGACACUGUCCUGGAAAAGUCCAGUAGAGAAGGCAGUCCUGGUUUUCCAGUUCAUGAUCUUUAAAAGUCAUCCUAUGUGAAUACCAAUUCUGAUUCUGUAGUUACUAGUGUAUCUCUUUGAGUGUGUGUAGAUCAUGUGCAAUUUAUGUGCUUUAAUUUAUCUAUUUUGGUCUUUCUUAUUCUUUCAGGGGUAUGGAUGAGAUCAUAAGUUUAUUUUUAUUGUCAGGGAUUUUUGUAACAAAUGAUGGUUCAGGGGAAGAAAAUCCACCAACUGCUUCAGGCUGAGAAUACCUGUAUGUUUAUCAAGGUGUUUUGGGAUCCAUGUUUUAUGAGACUAUAAAGAAGUUUUAGAAAGUUCUUUUGUGUUGCAUGCAAAGUUCAAAAAAGCAUGCAAGGAGCAAAAAAGGUUCUUUAUAUGAAAGUCUCCCAAAUCAUGAAAACAGGAAUUCUUUAAUGUUUUUGGCUCAGUCACUGCAUAAAAUGUUUUUAACUAGCUUGUCAGAUGAUCGAGCUGCUUAAGACUCAGAAUGGACCUUUUGUGCUUCCUCUCCCAAUUAGGAAUUAAUUUUUAAUUAUAUCAGCUGAACAUUUUUAAAUAUGACCACUUGUAUUAGCUUCAGGCGCCUAUUUCUUUGAUGAUGAAGGGCACUGAUUUGUGUAAUAUUGUCUGUUCUGAGACAUUUUAACAGCAUUGUUUCUGUCUUCAUUAUCUGAGUAUGUUAGAUAGUGUUUGUGGAAAACCUGGUAUAACUUUGAUUAAAACUUGAUGUGGCUUUAUUUUCUCAAUUGUUUAGAUUUAUUUGAGGAAUACUAAAAUAUCACUUACUGGAUUGUUACUUGCUUGGUGCUUUGGUUUGCUGUUAAAGGCUUUUACUCACAUUAAAACCAUUUUGCAGCUCUGGAAAGAGAACAGGCAUCUUGAGUGAUAGCCCUGAUAAACAAAGAAUGUUACUCCCAGAGCUGAAAAAUGGUAAGUAUUGCCUUUGAAGUAGUCUUUGACAUGGAAAUAUGUGGAGUGUACUUCUCUUUAGAUUUGGAGAAAUUGCUCAGCAAAGCCAAGGCUCCACACAGGCCCAUGUGCUUGGUACAGAAAGAACCCCUAUUGAUUUCACUGAGACUUUAUCUGGCAGAAUGUUGCACUGAAGAUUUUUUUGUCUUUAGUCCAACCAGGCUGAAGUCAAAGAGCUGCUGACAAUAGGAAGUCUUUUUGGUGUGUAAUACAUGAAAAAGUGCUAUGACUCAGUUGGAACUUACAACAAGGUUAUUGUCUGGGAUUCAUUGCCAAAGCAGUGCUUACUGUAUAUGUAGGUGGAAAUUGCAACAUAUCUUUUGAAAUGCAGUUUAUUAAUGUUACUUCCUCUUUACGUCCUUUAUAUCUUCUCUUUACAGCCCUUAUGUCUCCUCUGAGCUCUGGGUUCAGGUCUUUGAGCCUCCACUGCCACAGAAGAUGGUACCAAGAGCAGAGCAGGGGCAUUCGCUGCUGCCUCUGAGAGCCCCCCAUGCUCUCUCCUGACUGUUAGGCAGGAGGAUGAUUCCUGUGACCGAGUUCCGGCAGUUCUCGGAGCAGCAGCCGGCGUUCCGGGUGCUGAAGCCCUGGUGGGAUGUGUUCACCGACUAUCUCUCGGUGGCCAUGCUGAUGAUCGGAGUGUUCGGCUGCACCUUGCAGGUCAUGCAAGACAAGAUAAUAUGCCUUCCAAAGCGCCUCCAGCCUUGCCAGAACCAAUCUAACAGUUCAAAUGUGUUUAACACAAUGCCAGAUACCACUCCCCUUCCCCCGCCGAAGCCAUCCACCCCUCCAGCUACAGUUGAAAUGAAAGGACUCAAGACUGACUUGGACCUUCAGCAAUACAGCUUUAUAAAUCAGGUGUGCUAUGAACGGGCUCUGCACUGGUAUGCCAAGUACUUCCCUUACCUUGUCCUUAUACACACACUGGUCUUCAUGCUGUGUAGUAACUUUUGGUUCAAAUUCCCUGGAUCAAGCUCCAAAAUUGAACACUUCAUUUCAAUACUUGGGAAAUGUUUUGAUUCUCCCUGGACAACAAGAGCUUUAUCCGAAGUGUCAGGGGAAGACUCUGAAGAGAAGGAUAACAGGAAGAACAACAUUAACAAGUCUAAUACUACUCAGCCAAGCACUGAAGGCACUUUGGUCAAGACACAGUCUUUAAAAUCAAUCCCUGAGAAGUUAGUUGUGGAUAAGGGAACACCUGGGGCAUUAGAUAAAAAAGAAGGUGAACAGGCCAAAGCACUGUUUGAAAAGGUGAAGAAAUUUCGACUGCAUGUUGAGGAGGGUGACAUACUCUAUGUCAUGUACGUUCGCCAGACUGUACUUAAGGUAAUUAAAUUCCUUAUUAUUAUUGCUUACAACACAGCACUUGUCUCAGAAGUUAAUUUUACAGUAGUCUGUAAUGUUGAUAUUGAAGACAUGACAGGAUACAAGAACUUUUGCUGUAAUCACACGAUGGCACAUCUGUUCUCUAAACUUUCUUACUGCUACCUGUGCUUUGUAAGCAUCUAUGGCCUGACAUGCCUUUAUACACUGUACUGGUUGUUCUACCGUUCACUGAAAGAAUAUUCUUUUGAGUAUGUUCGGCAGGAGACGGGAAUCGAUGAUAUCCCAGAUGUCAAGAAUGACUUUGCUUUUAUGCUUCAUAUGAUUGAUCAGUACGAUCCUCUCUACUCCAAGCGCUUCGCUGUCUUCCUGUCUGAAGUCAGUGAAAAUAAGCUGAAACAGCUGAACCUAAACAAUGAGUGGACUGCAGAUAAACUGCGACAGAGGCUGCAGACAAACUCCCACAGCCAUUUGGAGCUACAGCUUUUCAUGCUUUCUGGACUACCAGACACAGUGUUUGAAAUUACUGAGCUGCAGUCUUUAAAACUUGAAAUAAUUAAUAAUGUAAUGAUACCAGCAACCAUCGCACAGUUGGACAAUCUGCAGGAGCUCUCAUUGCACCAGUGCUCUGUGAAGAUCCACAGUGCCGCCUUGGCUUUUCUGAAGGAGAAUCUCAAGAUCUUGAGUGUCAAGUUUGAUGACAUCAGAGAACUUCCACAUUGGAUGUAUGGCCUCAGAAAUUUGGAAGAGCUCUAUUUAAUUGGCUCCCUAAGUCAUGAUAUUUCUAAAAACAUUACACUGGAGUCUUUUCGGGAGCUUAAAAGCUUAAAAGUUCUUCACAUAAAAAGUAAUUUGUCCAAAAUCCCACAAUCUGCAGUUGAUGUUUCAAGUCACCUGCAGAAAUUGUGUAUCCAUAAUGAUGGCACUAAGUUAGUGAUGCUCAACAACCUGAAGAAAAUGGUCAACCUGACGCAGCUGGAAUUAGUUCAUUGUGAUUUAGAGCGCAUACCUCAUGCAGUCUUCAGCCUUCUCAGUCUCCAGGAAUUAGAUCUAAAGGAAAACAACCUCAAAUCCAUUGAAGAAAUAGUAAGUUUUCAACAUCUGCGAAAGCUGACAAUUCUAAAGCUGUGGUACAACAGUAUAACCUACAUCCCAGAGCAUAUAAAGAAACUCACGAGUCUAGAGCGGCUUUCCUUCAGCCAUAACAAAAUAGAGGUUCUUCCGUCCCACCUAUUCCUAUGCAACAAAAUCAGAUACUUGGAUUUGUCUUACAAUGACAUUCGCUUUAUCCCACCUGAAAUAGGAGUUCUUCAGAGUUUACAGUACUUUUCCAUUACUUGCAACAAAGUGGAGAGUGUGCCAGAUGAACUGUACUUUUGCAAAAAACUUAAGACUCUGAAAAUUGGGAAAAAUAACUUGUCAGUCCUUUCACCUAAAAUUGGUAAUUUGACAUUGCUCUCCUACUUGGAUAUUAAAGGCAAUCACUUUGAAAUCCUCCCGCCUGAGCUUGGUGAGUGUAGAGCUCUGAAGAGGACUGGUUUCACUGUAGAGGACAACUUGUUUGAAACUUUGCCUUCUGAUGUCAGGGAGCAGAUGAAAGCUGAAUAACUUCUUCUUGCUCAGUUUUACAGAAAUAACACUUCUACCAAAAACACUCUAGAGAAUGCAUACUCUGUGCAUUUAAUUUGACGUUAUUUUUUCUUUUUCAAAUCCUUUCUGUACAAACAAAUUUGGAGUAAGGAGUACAUAUAUUUUUAAAUAAAAUUUUCUCAUAUUUUUUCACUGUUUUAAGAUAUUUUUAGUUUGUUUUGCCCUGAGAACAAGGGCACCUGUAACUUAAUUUUUACUGGUAAAAGUAAAUGAUUUUGUCUGCUGAUUUUUCUUUCCAUUUCCUAAUCCCACCAGGGAAACUGUGUUAAGAUGUAUGCUUUGGGUUGCAUAGUUUGUAAAAGAUUAUUAUAUUGUCUUCCUAGUUUCUGUUAAUCCUUUAGGACAUGGUCUUCAGCAGGUGGUGCUGCAGAUGUUGAAUGCCUUUGUUUUUUCUUCAGUGGCAGUAGAAGGUGUUCAGCAUCUAACAAGAUCAAAUCUAGGCUGACAAUCUUUUACUUACAACAGGGUUUUCUCAGAUGGUCAAAGCAAGUAGAAAAGGUUCUUUAUGUAUUUUAACAGGUGAGAGGGAGCAUGCAGAACUCCUUCAGGGCCUGUUGGCCAUUCAGUCUGGCUGCCCAUUCACACAGUGCACUGAGCAGGAGGCACUCACUGCUAUUUCCUCUCUGGUGCAGGAAGAGUAAGGUCACAGUUCACGGUGCAAUCGGGACCAAAGUGACUCAUGUUAAAGGUUUUCCUAACAGUGCAAAGGGAUGUGGCUGCCCAUUUCCUACUAACUUGAGUGGAAGGGGUGCAAUGAACUCACCCUAUUGGAAAUGUCAACUCAGCAAGAUGAAAUGCUGUCUUGAAAAACCUCAUCCUCCCUUGAACACCAGUGCUGCAAGAGAGAAAGUGCCCUCUGUCACCUCAGCCUACUUCCCACCAAAUUGCUUGGCACCUUCUAGGAAUGGGAUCCAGAAAAAGUGCAAUCAUACUUAGUUUGUAAAGCUUCUGACAAGGAAAUAGCCUCUAAUAUGCUCCUUGAUUUAGCCGGGGUAGCAUAAAACCAAGCUGAGCACAGGAACAUUUGCAGAUUUGCAAAAAUGAGAUUAAAUGAAUACAUUAAUUUCUCACAAGUCUCAGCCUACCCAGCAUAUCCAAGGACAGUGAUGAAAGCUAUGUUUUCAUCUCCCAGAGAGUAAUUAAAUUGGAAAUCCAGUUGGAAGUUUGCUUUUUAAAAUAAUACAAUCUCCAGUGAUUGUGCAUCGGGUUGGGAACUUUAUCCUCUGAAGCCAUGUUCAGCUGUUUAUUUAAUCCAGCCAUUUGAUUUCUUUUAGUCAGGUUUUAAAGGGAUGUGCUGCUCACAAGCUAAUUUAAGGUAAUCAAAAGAAGUAAAAUAUUUUGCUGGGAGGAGAUCUCUUCAUUGUAUCCAACAACACAUAUUUGAGUCAGAUGCAGGCACUUGAUAAAUGUUUCACAAGAAUAUCUAGGAAUAAGUCCUUAUUUCUAGGAGGCAAUGCUGUUCAUAAAUUGCAGAGGUUGAAUUGCUGUUUGUUCAAAUCUAUGUAGAAUAUUUGACAGUUGUCAGAUUGGUUGCUCUUAAAUGUUUUCUGACUGCCAUUGUGUAUCUUGAGCUACAGUUAAUCUGAGUUCUUGAGCUUGGUACAAAAGCAUACAGUUGGUUUAAGAGUAUGACUUACAAAGGUGGGAGACAAACUACAAUGAGAACUUCCUCAUUAAUCCAGGGUGUGCUGUGCAGUUUGGUGUGCGAGCUUGCCACAGUACCAGGUCAGACUAAUUUUUUGCACUUGGCUAUGUUCUGGAGAAGAUCCAGAUUAAUCAAAAAUGGGUCAGGCAUGAAGGAAUCAAAUCAAGCUUUUUAAAAGGGGUUUGAUUUAGUUCUAUUUAAGACCGAUAAUUGAUGUAGCUCUUGUAAGAGCUACUCUUACUUGUGUGUGGAAUGCACUUACUGGAACAGCUUGGCAGUAUAUAUAUUCUAAAUGUAUUUCACUUUGAUGUUAUGUGAAGAAGACAAACAUUUCAUUGGUCAUAUUAACCUAAUUAUGUAAACCAAAGUGCUGUUGUCCCUGAUGAAUGUAAACUGUUUGAAAUGUCCAGGUAAUUUGUGGAGCUGUAUAGUUCUCUUCCAUAGAUUUUAAAUACGGGGUUACAUUUAAGGUUUUUUUUAAAGUCUUUAUAUUCCUAGAUGUAGCAUUUUAAACCCCUAAUUUAUUUUGUAUGUAAUAUUAUUUCAUGUGUAGUUUGUGGUCUUGUUUCUGAAUGGAAGUGAUGCACACCUCAUAACAGAAGGUUGGAGACAUGUUCUAUGCCAUUUUUGUGAAUACAUCACUUAGGGGAUGUGGGGUUUUGUUUGUAACUGAUUGUAUUUAUACCAGUGCAACCCCUCAUGUGGACACAGUUACACGAGUAUAAAGUGCCUUGUGCUGGCAUAUCUUUAUUCACUUUGCUAGGAAUAAACUAUACCAGUCUAAGCACUUUCACACUAAUAACUGUAUCUUCUCCAAGGGUUUGGUCAGCUGAGACAGCAUCCUCAGUCUGACAGCUCACUGUCACCAAAAAGGAGCAGCUUCCUCCUCCUCCUAUGGCCCUAUUCCUGCCAACACGUUCCAGCUGCUUCUCAUGUACCUUUACAGAUCUGGUGCUGAUCUGAUCCCUCCACAGGAUAAAUCAACUUUUUAAGACAGCAGAAAACUAUGCCAGUCUAAAAAAAGGGACUAUUUUCUGCUGGAUCUGCUCUCUAAAGGAUUGGAUGGACACUAGGAUGGGAGUACAAGGGGACAGGACUCUGCAGCUGGGGUCUGUACAAGAAGAAGGCAGGGCAAGUUCCUUUGGAGAUGCUAGGUCAGUUCAUCAUCUUGCCGAGCCAUGUGCUUGGAGAACUGUGCUGUUGUAUGUAUAGCAGGGUUAGGCAGCUUGGCUUUUGUGAGUGGACAACCCUCAGGCUCACAGUGGAUGAUAAAGUAUCACAUUACUGUUCAUUUCGUAAUGAAACAAACUCAGGUAGCUGCACUGUUGACUUUUCUAAACCUCUUACUGUCCGUUCUGGGGUGUAUUUUCCAAACCCAUAUUACAGUAACUUAGGAAUGAGUCAUCUGAGGGAAGAUGGUUUCCUACUUGUCUAGAACAUCCAGGAAAAUAUGUAAAAGUGCCAUAUUUACUCAGUGAAUCAUGUACUGCUCAUAUGUAUAUUCACAUGCGAUUCAUACUAGACUUUUCUGUGACCAAUAGUAUUUGACUUAGAGUGGAUGGACAUUUUGUGGACAAUACUUUAGCAUGGUUUGUAUAUAUACAAAGAGUUUCUAUAACUACUUAUAUUAAUCAGGUGCCUAACAAGUACGACAGUUCCAGAAUUUAAGCAAGGCAUUUUUUCAUUACUGCUCAAAAAUAAUAAAAAUCUUCCUUGGUAACAGAAUUAGAGAUGACAAAGAUUGCAUCAAAAGUAAGAAGACAACCUUCAUAGCACAUUGAGCCUGACAAGCAAAUCUACUUUGCGAUCAAAAUCUGGAGAUGUUCAUCUCUCCAUUUGUCAAAAUUAGAAUGGAUAUUUGUGCUGACCUCGUGCAUCCAGCCAGCCCAACAACUUUUGCAAAUUCUGAUUGGAAAACGCCUGCUCCAAGUCUUAUAUCACUUUUCUGGCACGUCAGUAAUUCAUGUGCUUAAGUGGUGACAAGUCCUGCAGGAAUGCCAAGAAAUAACUUUGAAAUUUGACCAAAUGGACAAACUUAAUUCUGUAGCAAGAACCUUAAUAUCAUAAUAGACCUGCAUAGUGUUACGUUGCAAUAUAGUACACCCAGAAAAAACAGAAAUAAAAUGCUCUUUUGUAAUAAUGA